AUGGCGGCCGGCACGUCCGAGUCCGAUGACAGCAUGGACCUGCGGCCUCCCGGCGAGGAGCAGCUGCCCACCUACGCCAAGGGCUUCAUGCUGCCUAUUCUGUGCGUGGUGAUCCUGACCUUCAUGGUCGUGCGCCGCCUCCACCACAGCAGGUGGAACGUCCUCCCCGAGAGCGCCACUGUGCUGCUCAUCGGCGCCCUCUGCGGCGCCGGGUUCUCUCUCGUGUGUUGGAAGACGGGGAAAGAGUUCCCGAUAAGCGGGUGGAACGAGAUCGACGAGGCUACUUCGCUCUCGAUGAACUUCGUGUUGCUCCCCAUUUUGAUUUUCCAAGCAGGGUGGACCCUCAAUGUGCGCGACUUUUACGCGCAGCUCGGCUCAAUCUUGCUGUUCGCCGUAGGCGGCACUUUGAUUGCCGCCAUUGUGAUUUUCUGGGUUCUGAAGCUCAUGUCCGGGCCCAUAGGCAUGGAGUGGGACAAGGACGAACUCGCGGCGUUCGCGUCGCUGAUCUCGGCGGUGGACCCGGUGGCCACGCUCACCACGUUCCAGAGCUUGGGCGUCGAGCCGUUCCUCAACAUCAUUGUUUUGGGAGAAGCGCUUAUCAACGACGCGGUGGCCCUGGUUUUGUUUGAGGGCUUCAACGGCAAAGCCGACUCCGAGCAGGAGAGUUUCACGUCUUUGGGUCUGCAGAUGUUGUGGCAGCUGUUCGGCUCUUCCGGGCUGGGCGUCAUUGCCGCGCACGUAAUGGUUGCUGUGUUCAGUGCGAGCCACCUCCGGCAUGAUAAGCAGAUGGCUGCACUCUUCGUGAUGCUAUGCCCCUUCGUGCUCUACAUCUCCGCCGUUGCUUUCAACCUCAGCGGGAUCAUAUCCACGCUCUUUGGCGGGGCUUUCAUGGGGGUCUACGUGAAAGAAAUCCUCUCUGACGUGGAAGUCCAGGAGUACAUCGAGUCUUUUCUGGAAGUUUUGGCGCACCUGGGGGAUUUUGUUAUAUUCACCAUGGUCGGCGUCGGAGCGGCGCUGAGCGUGUGCGGUCAGUGGAUGCAGCGGCGUAAUUACGUGCUGGUCCUGCAGCUGUCGGUCAUAGUCUUCGUGGCCUGUCUGGUCGGCCGCGCCGUGGCGGUCUUUCUCCUCGGGGCGGCGCGGAACGUGAUCCACCGCUGGCGGAGGCUGUCGUGGGACCGGGAGGACGUCAACGAGUAUCUGAUCACGCCGAGGCGUGCCCUCGUGAUGUGGUGGGGCGGCGGCCUCCGCGGGGCCAUCGCGCUGGUGUGCGCCCUCGACCUGCGGACGAAGAACAUGAGCCUCCUGGUGGACGUCACGAUGGUGAACAUCUACCUCACGGUGAUCAUCUUCGGCGGCACCACGGAGAGCCUCGUGAGGUACCUUGGCAUCCCGUUGAGCGCGAAGGGGGGCGAAGCCGGCGUGAACGACGGAACGCCGGGCGGCGGGACGCAGGAGUCCCGCGGCAGCAUGUUCUCUUCGCAGGUGCCCGAGUACCAGCAGAAGGCGCUCGCCAAGCUCCACCGCGGCAUCACGAGGGGCCUCGUGGGGCGGCCAGAGGACGGCCAGGCGUCCGCUCCCAGGGGCGCCAGCAGCCCCGGAGUGGCCAGCAUCGCGGAGCAGGAGGAGGCGGGGGGGAUCGAGCUGGAGCCCGUCGCGGAGCUGGAGCCGGCGGAGGAGCGGCGCAAGCCGCUGGCGGCGGACUCCAGAUCGCGCACGAUGGUGUUCUGA